GCUUGGUGUUGUGAAUGGGCUUUCAGUGCUCGGGCUAAUGUUAGCUAUGUAAGUAGCUUAGCUCAGUGAGCCAGCAUUUAUGCUAACUUAGCUUCACACAAGGUGCAGUUUGCCCUGUUGCGGCGCGUUGUCAACAAAUCCACAUAUUUGGCUGGUUGCUAGCGGUGUGACUGCCAAGUAGCUUUGGUGGUCAUGCGAAUGGCUGAGCUGGGGUUGUGUGCGUAAUUGUUACUGGCGUUUCAUCAUUACUAUAAUAGAGCUGGGGCGGGGAUGACCAGCCUCUAUGCGUCGGUUCUGAAAGAGCACACACAUCUGAAUGGUGUCAACAUGCGCUGUAACUUCGUCCGACAAUGCAAAACUCUCCUCUUUUCCACUACCUGCAUGAUCUAGGGCACACAGACUUUGAGGCAUGUCCUACAGUAUCACAGGAGGAGGAGUAUGGCGGAGAAGAGGGAGAUGCAACCUCUCAUCAGGAAGCUCCCCAGAAGCCUUCAGGAGGACGCGUAUGGAGACUGGUUGAUGCCCUAUGGCGGUGGAGUCCGGCUCACCACACCGCUGCAUCUCAUAAACUGGAGCAGCAAUUGGACUGUGUGUUUGGCCAGUACUCAGUGAGGUGCAUUCUGGACCAGGAUGUGUUAUUACAGGAGGAUGUGGAGCUGAUCGAGCUGUUGGACCCCAGUUUGCUCACCCUGGGUUCCUCGCCCUCGGGCUCUCCCAGCCGAGCCAGCACCCUACCCAGACCAAGCCUCCUCGCCAGCCCCUCAUUAUGGGACAUGGCUGGGCUGGUCGGCCUGGCUGCAGUGCUGCUGGGUCUGUGCUCUGUCUCCGAGGGAGUGUGGUCGCUGGCCGCGGCCCCAUGGAGCCUGGCCCUGCUUGGCUGGGUGGGCCUGAGGGGCGCCCGCCUGUGGAGACAGGGGCGCAUGCAGAGGGCCGUGCACACGCAGGCCACCCAGCUGCAGACUCUGGUGCACAACAGCAAGGCUCUGACGGGCCUGUCGCGCAAAGCCCUGCGCCUGGUGCAGGAGACCGAGGUCAUCUCCAGAGGGUUCACCCUUUUGCUCGACAGGGUGAGUGCGGCCAGCUCCUUUAGCAGGGCGGGGCCAGGCGCGGUGCCACGAGGCCAGCAGCUGAUUGGACUGAGGAAGGCCUUGUACCGGGCACUCCGCUCAGCCUUUAGAGCCUCACGCAGAGCCACCUGUCACAUGCUCAAGGCGUUCCCUCUGAACUCUGAGAUCGACAACGUGACUAACUACGUGUCUGCGGUGCCUCUGAAGGAGCUGGGGCUUGGCCUGGGCAUCGAGCAUUUGGGUGAUGAACAGGCGCAGGAGCUGACCGACGACUACAGCCUGCCUGCUCUGAAAAUGCUGUUCCAGCUGUGGGUGGGACAGAGCUCUGAAUGUUUCCGUCGACUGGCCCUCCUGCUGUCACCACGGCGACUACAGGAGACAGCCGAGGAUGGGGCCAAAACUGAGCUCUCUCGUCCGCCCGCUCUGCACCGGUCCAUCGCCUCGGUAACCGAGCCCCUCCAUCACGCCCUGGCCAGUUGCCUGGGUGAGGUCCAGCGCAGCUAUGACUUCCACCGCUACUUUGAGACCCAGCCGCGGACGACGGGCUCCGACAGGGUGGGCCGAGCCAGGGAGAAGUGCCGAGAGCUCAAUACCCUGCACACCUCCAUCCGCAGCCUCCAGCUGCACCUCAAGGCCUUGCUCAGCGAGAUGAUCAUCCUGGAGGACGACCUGGAGAAGCUGAUGGUGUCCAAGGAGGCGGUGGAGCUGACCUGCGAGGGCUACCAGGAGCUCAGCGAGCGUCUGCAUCAGCUGCAGCCGCACAUGCAGGCCAGCACCGGCUGCUGGGAGGACACCGUGAGCCAGGUGGAACGCAUGCUGAGACGGGCCAACGCCUGCCCCGGUAAUGCAGAGGGUCUGGCACAGUGCGCUCCUCCCAUGCCACAGGUUCCAAUCUCUCCUCCAUCCUACCCCUUGAUCCUGGACAGGGACCCUGUGCCAGAGGAGCUGGAGUGGGAGGCCUACGUGUCGGACUCAGACUCGGAUGGCGAAGGCAGAGGUUCCUGGUGCGACAUGUUGUCACCGGAGGAACGGGAACGUCAGCGCCGAGAGAGGGAGGAGUCCCGUCGUGUCCUGUCAGAGCUCAAAGCUGUGCUGGGCUUCCGGGCGUCCGAAGGGGAGAGGAUGAAGUGGAAGCAGCUGCUCUUCAACGACCAAGCUGCUGUGCCGCCUUCGGCUCUCAAUGAGAAUUCAGAGCCUUCCUCUGCCUCUAAGCCAUCAGACGCUCCAACUUCUGCGGGCUCAACAGAGAGUGGUGCUGAAGAGGGAAACCACCUCUCCGAACACACUCCAGGAAACGUCAGGGAAGAGGAGGAAGGAAAGGAAGGAAGUAUGAGGGUUGACCCCUCCCCGGAGCCGGUGACAGAGUUCAGCUGUGGCCUGGAGCAGGGGGAGGGCAUGCUGGGAGGAACUUCAGCUGUCACAGACUCUGCAGGAGGGGGGAAAUCUGAGCUCUACCAGUACGAUGGGCUGGCCGAGGAGGGGGAGGCGGGGCAGAACGGGCUGGACUGCCUCCUGAGGCCCCGAAUCCCAGCCGUCUCCGUGAUGGACAGACUGACAGAGAUGCACGGCUCCGAGGCUCUCAGCUUCAGCUCUGCGCUCGCUGCCCAGGUAGCGGCUCGCUCACACACUCUCAUCCACAUGACGGAGCAGACGUUUGGAGAUGACGACGAGGACGAGGAAGAGGAAGAAGAGGAGGAGGAGGAGGAGGAAGAGAAGGACAGCAGGCAAAUCCCUAAGAAGGACUAGAAUGUAAAACCCGCUGCUUUAACCAAGCACUGAGCAGAGACUGUCUUUAUGUCUGAUUGUCUGGGUGUCUUUUAUUGAUGGGUCUCUGUUACAUCUUAACUAUUUUGGUGUGGAGAACUUUCCAGUCGCACCACUCUCCAUCACCGAUCCGUCCAUGUCCUGUGUUACCCACAAUUCCUACUGCUCUAUUGCUGUUCAAACUCAGGUAUCAGAACCACUAUAACAAAAUAUGACCUUACAGUGUACGGUCGGAAGACCAGAAUGUCGACGUUUACUUGGCCAAUCAUCCACAUGGUGUAUAUUGUUCACACUCAUUUAAAAGCUGUUUGAGCUGAGAAACUUCAUUUUAAGCAGAGGUUUGACAAUUGCUCGGCCUUCACAUUUAAGAAAUGUGUAAUGACUAGAAUUAUUUGGAAAGAGAAUGAUUUUAAUUGCAGUUUUCCCAUGCGGAUUCGUAAAUCAACACACUCCCGAUUCAGUUUUUCCCUUGAAGUCAGGCGCUGGAUGAGUGAGUGGGUGCUGUGCAGGUUGGGAGUGUCCUUUUAGAUGAGCAGAAUUCCCAUACAAUGCAAAUCUCUGGGGAAAAAAGCUGAACACAACACCACCACUGAACUCGGCUGACCUCAACUUACAGGUAGACACACACACACGCUUAAAAAAAAAAAAAAAAAAAGCACUGAUAAAGGCAAGGGGCUGCACUGCAAGGAUAGGAAGUGUAGUGCUAU